UAAACCUUGUUCUUCUUCUUCAAAGAGGGUCCGGGGAAGAAGAUGGAGGCUUUGAAGGUAUUGAGUCUAUCAUCGCAGCCAUUGAAGAAGCUCAUAAGCUUUGCAUCUUCAUCUUCUUCAUCAUCAUCUUCCAGUUCCAUCAGACGAAACUCUUCAAUUCGCUUCGUCUUUCGUUGUUGUUCUUCCUCUUCUCAUUCAUCAUCCGCCACAUCAACCGAUGUGCCUUCACCUAAACCCUCUGGCCGAGGACGGAGGCAAUCUCCUUCUUCUUCUUCUUCGACAUCUUCCACCUCUGACAGAGAAGCUGUUCGCGCCAUCCGUGUUAAGAAAGUGGAAGAAAUGAGAAGCAAUGGUAUUGAGCCAUAUGCUUAUAAAUGGGAAAGGACACACUCUGCUGUUCAGCUGCAAGAGAUAUACCUGAAACUGGGCAAUGGGGAGGAGUCCAACAGUGAGACUGAUCACGUUUCCAUAGCAGGAAGAAUAGUGGCCCGCAGGGCUUUUGGAAAGCUUGCCUUUUUAACUCUUAGGGAUGAUUCAGGGACAAUUCAGCUUUACUGUGAGAAGGAAAGGCUUGUGAAUGAUCAAUUUGAGCAGUUAAAGAUGCUUGUUGAUAUAGGUGAUAUUCUUGGUGCAAGAGGAUCAAUGAAGCGAACAGAGAAAGGUGAACUCUCUGUUAAUGUGACCUCAAUUUCCAUCCUUACAAAGUCGUUGCUUCCAUUGCCAGACAAAUAUCAUGGUCUAGUUGAUGUGGAUAAACGCUAUCGGCAACGGUAUGUAGAUAUGAUUGCAAACCCUGAGGUAGCUGACACAUUCAGAAAAAGAGCUAAGAUUGUAUCAGAGAUACGGAGGACGGUGGAAGCUCUAGGUUUUCUUGAAGUCGAAACUCCAGUUUUGCAGGGAGCAGCUGGCGGAGCUGAAGCCAGGCCUUUUGUUACGCACCAUAAUUCCUUAGGGAGGGACCUGUAUUUGCGAAUCGCUACUGAGCUCCACCUAAAGAGGAUGUUGGUUGGUGGUUUUGAAAAAGUAUAUGAAAUUGGUCGAAUAUUCAGGAAUGAAGGACUUUCAACCCGCCAUAAUCCCGAGUUUACCACUAUAGAGAUAUACGAAGCAUAUUCAGACUACGAAAACAUGAUGGACUUGGCAGAAGAGAUCGUCACUCGAUGUGCUCUUGCUGUCCAAGGGAAGCUUACCAUUGAUUAUCAGGGAGUAGAAAUAUGUCUAGAGCGUCCUUGGAGAAGAGAAACAAUGCACAGUCUUGUUAAAGAAGCGACUGAAAUCGACUUCAUUGGUAUUGGAGAUGAUCUAAGAGCUGCAAAAGACAUAACCAUUAAGACUUUAGGCAACAUACUUGAACAUAAAGAUAAAAUCUCUAUCGAGAACUGCCCUUCUGUAGGCCAUGUUCUUAAUGAGGUUUUUGAAGUUGUAGUAGAACCGAAGUUGCUGCAACCGACGUUUGUUAUGGAUUACCCCAUCGAGAUAUCUCCUCUAGCCAAACCGCACAGAAAGAAGGCUGGAUUGACCGAGAGAUUUGAGUUGUUCAUAUGUGGUCGUGAGAUGGCAAACGCAUUCUCCGAACUAACAGAUCCCGUGGAUCAGAAAGAACGUUUGGAAGAACAAGUAAAACAACAUAAUGAAAAGAGAAGACAAUCCAUAUCAGAAAGAAGUGGAGAAGAUAUCGAUGAUGAAAACUCCUAUGAAGUAACUCUCGAUGAAGAUUUUGUUACAGCUUUGGAAUAUGGAAUGCCACCAGCUUCAGGAAUGGGACUAGGAAUUGACAGGUUAGUAAUGCUUUUGACGAACUCUGCAAGUAUACGCGAUGUAAUAGCAUUUCCGGUUCUUAAGAUUCAGCAGUAACGAUAAGAUGGUGUUAACGUCGAAUUAUUUAAGAGGUAAAAUUCAACGAAAGUGAAGAAAUUGAGUUAUUGGUUAAGAUUGUAAGUGUAUUUAAUAAUCAUUUGACUUUUGUAAGUUAAAUGUGUGUUUUUUUUGUAAGUUAAUCAUUUGAGUUUUAAAUAAUUCUACAUGUUAUUUUUCCUAUUGGCUUAUUGAAAGGCUAGUUUGACUUUUA